AUGGAUAAUCAGGAUAUAGAUGCACUGCAGCGACUAGUUCCAAAGCUUGUGAACGACCCGACCCUCCUGUCUGAUCCUCUUAUCGACUUCUUCUGUGAUUACAUCGAAAGUCUUGGAGGGAAGAUUCCAGAAUCUGCGUGGGAUACUGAAGCGGGAACACAGCACUCUUGGGCGGUUGAUACUUGUGACUAUAGGGAUGAGACAGAGGAUGCGACUGGCUCAUGCAAUGUACAAGAAGAAGAAGAAGAAGAGCCAGAGAUUGUAGAGUCUGACAUUGAACUUGAUGAGAGCUAUGUCGUGGAGCCUGAUAAUGAUCCUCCACAAAAGAUGGGAGAUUCCUCCAUCGAGGUUACUGCAGAAAACAGGAAUGCUUCUCAAGAGGCUGAGAUUCAGGCUAUGAAAGCAAUAUAUGAUGAAGAAAAGCUUGAAGAAGCGGUUGAGCAUCUCACUGUGGCAAUUCGGCAAUUCUGCUUAACCCUAAAUCAGCCAUAA